GCAACCCUGAGCAGUCCAUAUUAGCGCUUACGCCGUUCUGUGGCUUCUCACAGCAGGCGCCAUAAUCCUUAUUACUACCCUUUCCGACAUAGACAUCUAUGAACAAUGAUCCCACGUUGAGCUCCGCGGCCAACCAGCCUCCGACCGAUCCCAAUGAUAACGACACCGGCGAUGAGAGAAACGCAGAUCAAAGCCAGGGGGGCGAUGGCACUUCCGAAUCGCCGUCGUCAUCGGAACUGUCACUCAAACGGAAGGCCGGCUUGGCUAAGAAGCUGCAAUUCAUGUCCCACCUGAUGCGGAACCUGGAUAUGCUUGUGUUUGCCGAAAUAUGUGCAUUGUACUACAUGGAAUGCUCGUUCCCGAGGUUAUUACUUCGCGUCGUCCCCCACUACCUUUUUCUCACGCCGAAAUCCGAGGAUUUUCUCCUCCUCUUGCCAGCCCGUCGACCACAUGUCUUUGCAAUAUUUGUACCCAACCUCCUGUGUAUUCUGCUACACGUGGUCUGGUCCUUACCACAUGCCGGGGAGGCAACUCGGGGAUACCUGCAUGGAGGUGUGAUUGUGGAUUUUGUUGGCCAAAAGCCACCCACUUCGAAGCUGAGCCUCCUCAUCCUGGACGUGGUAGUGGUCACUAUCCAGUGUCUCAUGUUGGCGGUCCACCAGGAGCGGGAAAGGCUGCGCACGCUUGUGUUGCCCGUUAGGCGCAACGCCGCCAAUUCUGAAAACACCCCGCUACCUGCUGUUACGACUCAGGACCAUGACGCCGAGGAGCGUGGAACCCUUCGGGACGGCCCGGCCACGGCGGAUGAGACGAGCGAUAUCGAACUGAGGUCCAUGUCCGAUAAUCGUGUGGAUAGGGGCGGGGCAAGUGAGGAGGCUGCGAGCCUGUUAGAGAGUGGCCCCUCAGGCAGACCCGCGGCUCCCGAUCUGACGGGCGUAUUGAGAUCUGGCAAUGCCAUCAUAGGAGACUUCCACGUCAUCCACGCCAUUCGAUCCGCCAUUGCUGAACAGCAGGGUGACACGGAAAACUCCUUACAGACGAUCGGAUACACGGCCACCCUAGCGGCGAUGGCCGCCGAACGGAGGGCCAGGCUUCAGGCACAGAGGAGACAAUAGUAAAUGUAUUUAUUUCGUCGUCUUGACGAGGCAGUCCAUCGUCACAAAAGAAGUGAAACCAUGGGGAGAGUGUUGUACCAGUUUGACUUG